AUGACUCCGCAAGGGUCACGGAAGCUCCCAGUGAGGCAAUUCUCCAGACAAUCGACCCAACAGCCUACCCAGACUGGUAUGAAAAGAACAAGAUUAGGCCGGUCGCUGUCUCUUCCCGACAAUCAAUGUAAAGAGUCUGAACUCUACGAGGCUACAGCCCCCUCAAGAUGCGAGGGUUCCCAAAGCAAUGACGAUGAUGCCAUCAUCAGCACCAACGAACAGCCAGAAUCUCAAGAGAAUAGCAUUUCGUGCUGCCAAUUAUCUCUUGAGCAAAAGAUCCAUAUACAACAACUUUUGAGAGAGAGAUUCAGUCGUUGGGUUGAUGGGGUAGAAUACACUGAGCCGCCAAAGGACAGAUUGCCGCCGCGAAAGCGUUUCAGAACAUCACAAUGGCGGUCGGGUCUUCCAAGAGCCGAUGAAGAGAAUGAUAGCGAGGAGGAAUUCGUUGUAAUUUCUCACCCAACACGCAGACAAGGCUUCUUUCACCUUGCUUGUCCAUUUUACAUCAAUGCACCCGACAAGCAUCAGACAUGUCUUGCCCAACACGAUGUAUCCUCUAUUGAAGCAUUGAUCAAACAUCUUCUACGGCAGCACGACAAGCCUCUGUAUUGCCGCACAUGCUGGAAGACUUUUGAAACGUUGAUUGAUCGAGACAACCACGUCUUGGAGAACGCAUGCAAAAGAAUCGAUCAAGAGGCAUCUAUGGGUCUGACUGAAAGCCAAAAAGUGAGAUUGAUCAAGAGAGAUCGGUAUGACUUGGGAGAAGCACGUCGUUGGCGUCGUGUUUGGUCCACGGUCUUCCCAGGUAGAGAGCAGCCUCGAUCUCCGUAUCUUGAUCAGGACGAGGGGCUGAAAGUUUCCAUGGUGAGGGAUUUCUGGACUGUCGAAGGUCAGGAAGCCGUCUCGGGCUUCCUCAGGGGACUGGGAAGUCAUGCUGAUGGGAACAGAGUAAGAAAUGAUACGAUGUGCCAGGUGGCGUUGCGUGGUCUGGUAGACUGGGCAAUGACAGAUGAUAGCGAUUCUACGAUUCUGUUUUCGGACAGGUGA